AUGGGGCACGGCCCUACGGGAGGCCACGACCCCGAGACCGACCAUGCGACGAUCUACGACAUCAUCGAUGUGUACGAGAUUGCCAUGCAGUGGUCGCAGGCAAGAGCAUGGCGACUUACCACGGCAGUGGCAGAGGCAGCAGCAACAGCUACCCUUUCGCUGGCGAUGACCCAGCUCUUUGCCCUGCUGAUGCUUCUGGCGAUUUACAGUCGCAAAAAGCACCCGUUUGGCACCUGUGGCAAAGCCCGACCGGUGUGGAUACGCACCAUCCUCUUCGCGGCGGUGAUCAGAGGGACACUGGCCGGCUAUAGGGAAGAAGGGCAGCCCAAAUGCAGCAAAACGGGCAUCCCGCUCCCCACAGACCUGGAGCUGUGGAUGAGUGGACAAGCGACGAUGAGGGAACAGCUUGCAGCUGCACUUGAAAGACAUGUGGCGUCUCAGCCGCUGGGGCACAACAGUGAAGUGGCACCGCCACCGAACUUCACAGUGCCCAUUCCAGACCCUCCUCCGCCGCCACCACAGUUACAGCCGCACGAGCACUGGAUCAACAGAGAGGAGCCAGCCACAACCCACAUCUCUUUCUGGAUCUGUGCGCCAUACUACGAGUCCAUGUCAUUGGAUGUGGCGAUGAGCUUCCCCCUCACAGUGAACCGUGUCUUCGAGGCCAUCCAGAACUCAGCGAUUGAUUUGCCAACUGACAUCCUUGACCACCCGGUUGCCAUCACACCCCAACCUGACGAAGCCUAUGGAUCAGUGAUGAUGAUCCCGGCUUGGGUCAGGAUGUCUGGCAAGACAGCAGUGGUACUGGACGGAAGACACGUUGGGGCGGGCAUCUUCGUGGCCUACUUCGAGGGGCCCCUAACAAGGCGAGCCCUGCUCCAGAAGAUUGGUAUGGGGAUGGAUGAAGGUAUCUCUGUCUUCCUGUUUGGCUCGCUGCAGCCGAUGACCGAUGACCAGCGGGAGCCACCAAGUCAGGGUGGGCUCAUUCUCUUCCACCGGCGAGGAGAAGUACCGGAGUGGGCCACGGAACUCGACACCAGGAUGGCGGACACAGCCAGAUGGAGGCCUGAAGUCGACCACCCGCAGCACCUCCCAGGCCGUCACAUCGAAUUUCAAGGAGAAGAGCAAACCUUCCUCCACCAACUUGACAGGACUGUGGCACCCGACCCGCAACGAAUGGCGGACCAUGCCUUUGGGGCCGCACAAGGCGAAGUUUGGAUUAGAGCCCCUACUCAAAGACCCAUGCGGAUGUAUGCCAGGGGAAAGAGAGUUCACUCCAUCAUCGCGGUCCUGGGGGCCGCCCGCUAUCCUAGGGACCGCACAAAGGUCGUCUUCCUUGACACGAGACCCAUAGGGCUCUGGCCGCAAUGGGUAGCGAUACCGGGGGACUUCCUGGAUCCGGGAGCCUAUGCUGAAGGCCUCCAAAUCCCCUACAUUGAGGGCUACUCCUUGAUCAUAAAAGGAGGGCGGCGGCGCCGGGAUGGAAUCAGGAUCCGUGUCCUAGACGGCGAGGUCAUCGAGUUCCUCCUGAAAAGAUCCGAAGAGGUCACGCCUACUUCGUCUAGCUUCGACCCAGACUCGAGCGACGACGAAGAGGACCACAACGGGGACGAAGGUGAUGACAGCGACCACCCCAUGCCCAACUCCAGUGACUUCUCGGACCCUUCGCCGCCCGAAGGAGAAGGACCUUAUGGACCGCCGCCCCCUCGACCGGUCAACGAAGACCGUAGCCGCUCUCCGAGGAGAGAUGAACCGCGCCAUGGAGGUCAAGAGGAUCCACCCCCGGACAUGCAGCUGGAGACCGAGGUCCUACAUGACGUAGUACGGCCACUACAGCGAAGUGCCCUGAAGUUGGCCGACCACGUCGCGCCCUAUAUCCCUCAUUUUGACCUCACAGAACAGUGCCUCCGCCUACCACAUAGAGGCCACGACCUACAGGCCCUGACAACACCGUGGGGCACGGGAUGGCUGUCAUGGACUUUUGACGGAAUCAACGUCAAGCAGGCCACCAAGGACGCCAUGCAGGACGCCCUCAAAUGGCCGGACCUUUUUCGACGCGCGGGCCCGACCGACAACAUCGAGUUCCACGUGUAUACCGAUGGCUCGGCCAAUGGCAGACAAGACCGUAGCGGCUACGGGGUAGUUGUUUUGCUCAAAAUUGGGGUUGCCUAUGCCCUCCUCGGCUUCUUCGGCGGCCAGCUGCUAGGUAACCCGUACAAUGUUUGGCCUCUGCAGGAACCGGCCGCCCUUCGAGGGGAACAGGUAGCCCUAGCGGCUGCACUGCUAUGGGCACUGCAGUUCUCCCAUGUCCUACAGCAUGCGACCUGCUGCAUCCAUUAUGACUGCAUGGCGGCGGGCAAAGCAGCGACAGGUGACUGGCAACACCCUGACCGUUUCAGUGAGAAAAUCCACCACCUUGAGCUUUUCUCCCGAGACUGCAUUGCCGGUGGUAUACAAAUGUCACACGUCGCUGCACACAGCGGAGACCCAUGGAAUGAGUUGGCGGAUGAGAUCGCCAAGGCUGCGGCUGCAAACAGGGGGGCCCUAUGGCAGCCCCCACACACCGCCAUCGAGACCUUCCUGAAUACCGACAUCUCUUGGCUGGCAGCAGCCCAUCAUGCCACCAUCCAUGGAACCCUCCCAAUCUACGAUGGCGAGCUGCGUUGGUCGCCAGAGAACCCGCCCUUUGCAGCAACCACUCCGCUCAAGCCCUCCCAGAUCGUCCCGACGAUCUCGGAAGCCUGGGGCCAAGGACGGGACCCACAGGACUUCUCUCUCACUGUGGCUACUUUGAACUCCCAGGGGAUGGCUGGGAAGCACAGAUACUAUGAGGAGCAGUUGGACGAGUUCAAAUGCAACAUUUUCUUCGUCCAGGAGCACAAGGGCGACUCCAGUGUCUGUCUCUCCAAGCGCUAUAUGCGCUUGCACACUGCCGGGAAUAAGCAUUGGGGAGUUGGCGUCUGGAUCAGCAAAAGCCACGGCAUUCUCUCUAUUGAUGGAAAGCCACUGCAAGCCGACCUGGCAGACAUCAGCAUCCCCUAUGAAGACGAGCGGCUCCUGAUUGCCACCGUCCUCCUUGGCGGGGCAAAGGUCGUUUUGGUCUCGGCCCACUGCCCACAUGCGGCUAAACAACAGGAGGCCGAGGACUUCCUGGCGAACCUAGAGACCCAGCUACGAGCCGUCCUCCCAGCUCACAUGAUCGUCGCGGGGAUGGACCUGAAUGGUCGGCUCCCGUGUCCUUUUGGGCGGGUCACUGGAGACCUGUCAGAUGGGCACCCGGACCACACUGGAGCCAAAGCAGCAAACAUCUGCCAAGAGUUUGCCCUAUGGGCCCCGGCCACAUACCACUCCCUACAUAGGGGACCAACGGCGACAUACCGUCACCCUAUGGGGGGCGAGCACAGGAUCGACUACAUCCUCAUCGGUGGCCGUGCACAAUGCCACCAAGCCCGCAGCGAGAUCUCCCAGACCUUCGACACCAUGAAUGCCAACGAUGACCACUCGCUGUCUGUGGUGCAUAUGGUGGGCACAUGGAAACACCAAGGCUGCCGAGCAAGGCUCUGGAGGCCCCGCUAUGACACGACCAAGCUCCGCAGUCCUGCGGGCAAACAACUGGUCGCGCUCGAGAUGGAGAAAUACAUUCCUCCGCCCUGGAAUACACACCCGGACGCCCACUGCCAGCACUUGCAGGACCACAUGAAUGGGAUCCUCCACCGGCAUUUCCAAAAGCCGGCGAAUGCCCCACAAGCGAGCUACAUCCCGGACUUUGUCUGGGAUAUCCGGCUACAGAAACUGCGUCUGAAGAAGGAGGCGACACCACGGAGGCAAAUCUGGCAUCGGCCCUUUAAAGCAGCGUUCGAAGCCUGGCGGAGUGGACACCCCCUGGUCGUGCCCCUUGCAGCCAAGAAGGAGAUCCUCCUGCAUGGGAUUGUCGCUCUGGCUGUAAAGUUCGCCACAUACCGUAUCAAGAUCGGUAUCAGGCGGGCCAAGAACGACUUUCUGAAGCAAAUGGCCAAGGGCCCAGAGCCAACCACAGGCGCCAGCCACAUGCUGGGCAACCUUCGUCGAGCCGGGGUAGGCAAGACAGCCCACAAGCCGUACCAGAAGCAGCUCCCCCUCCUACUCGACGACCAGAACCAGCCGACUGCAAGCAAGGCGGACCGGGACAUGGUAUGGCUAAAGCACUUCGGAGCUCAGGAAUGCGGCCAAAUCCUACCCGUCCACACCCUAGCCGAGAUGCCGCACCCGAAGAUUGUACAAGAUCGAGACUUGGAGUGGACGAUGAACAGCCUCCCUUCCAUCGACGAGCUGGAGAAGGCCUACCGCCGGGCCCCCUUCAACAAAUCAGCCGGCUUGGACGGGAUCCCUGGCGAACUCCUGAAAGCCGCCCCCGCCGCCCUGGCCCGCAGCAGCCACGCUUUGAUGACCAAAACGGUCCUGACCCUCCAGCAGCCGCUCCAAUGGAGGGGAGGGGUCCUUUAUUCUGCGUGGAAAAGGGCUGGAAACCCUGCUUUGGCUGAGUCCCACCGGUCACUGUUUAUCAGCAGCCUUCUGGGAAAAUCCCUCCAUCGCCUGAUGAAGGACAAGGUUGCUCACAACAUCGAGAACUCACUACACCCCCUUCACAUGGGCUCUCGACGGGGGGCUCCGGUCACCUAUCCCGCGAUGGCCAUCCUGUCCCACCUACGAGGCACCAUUCGGCGGAAACAAUCCGCUGCCAUCCUCUUCUUGGACACCAAGGCUGCAUAUUAUAUGGUAGCCAGAGAGAUGGCUGUGGGAAAGAUCUCUGACGACCAAACCAUCGCCCAUGUCUUUCGUCGUUUCCAACUGGACCCGGAGGAUAUCCACGAGCUCUACAAGGCAAUUACGGAAGGCGGCGUCAUGGCGGACUUUGACAUGGACCCUGUGGUGCGACAUGUGGCGAAGGACUACCACCACAGGGCAUGGUUUACUUCGCACUACGGUGACGGGUCCCGCAUCUGCAUGACACGGGCUGGAUCGCGACCGGGAGAGAGCUGGGCAGACUGCAUCUUUGCAGCCGUCUACAGCCGCGUGCUAUACCGAGUCGCAGAAAUGGCCCAGGCCGAGGAGCUGAUCGACCCUCACUACUUUGAUCCCACCCUCGGCAUUUUUGCCCAAGGCGAAGGUCAUGAGCACGUCUGGAUCAACGACAGCACCUGGGCAGACGACUCUGCCUUCCCCCUGAAGGAUGCCAGCCCGGUCGCGCUUUUGAAGAAGGCAUCGCGCCUUUCCUCUCUGGUACUAUCGCGGUGCUAUGAGUUGGGCAUGGUGCCAAACUUGAAACCGGGCAAAACCUCACUGUUGCUCAGGAUUGCAGGAAAGGGAUCGGCCGCCGCCAAGCGGCUCUUCUUUCCGGAGGGCAAGCCUCAGAUCUACCUCAACGACCUCCAGGUCAGCAUCGCCACCGCCCCGGUCUACACCCACCUCGGAGGCGUCCUGGACCAUCGAGGAUCAAUGCUCCCGGAGACGAGGCGGCGUCUGGCCAUCGCCUCGACAUCCUUCGACGAGGGCAAGGUCCUUGUCUAUGGCAACAAGACGAUCGACCUCCCUGCGCGGGUCGCUGUCUUUGAGGCGGCAGUACGCCCCACCCUCUUCAACCUAUCUCUCUGGCUGAUCCGAGGCCCGGCAUGGACCAAGCUUGAACUAGGUUAUGCACGGCUGCUGCGGCGGCUCCUGGCCACACACUUCCAAGGAGAGGCCCUUUUCAGAUUGCCCUCGCAGCUGAUCUAUGCCCUCACGGACAGUUUUCCCCUGCACAUGGUUGCUCGCAAGACGCGCUUUGCCCUUCUAUGCUCUAUGGCCCUUACGGGACCCUCUGGAUUAUGGGCAAUGCUCCAGUGGGAGAUGGAGUGGUGCGAGCAGAUGCAGCGUGACCUGGAGUGGCUUUAUGCCGGCGACCCGGCCUAUUGGCCACAACCGUGCGGGGCCAGCUGGCCUGAAUGGUGGCGGCUACUGCGCUGCUCUACCAAGCGAGUCAAGGCCCGCGUCCAGAAGCAGCUGGACAAGGACUUCGCCACCUACUGCAGCUAUCACCUUCGCAAGCUGGGCCUAUGGGGCCUGUACCGCCAAGCAGCCCGGGCGCUCCCUGGGAUACCGGUACAGCGGACAUGGUGCUGCCGUCCAUGUGGCAAAAGCUUUGCCAAGAAGGCACAGCUAGCGGUCCAUUUCUUCAAGGUGCAUGCCCGCAGGGCCUUGCACCGCCUUAAUGUGGAAGGGACAGUUUGCCGAGCUUGCGGGCGUCAAUACUGGUCAGUCAACCGGCUGAUGACGCAUCUACGGGACUCCGCUACUUGUGUGGCGACCCUGCGGGGGAUGGGAUACCACAACGAGGAACCCUGCCCAGGAGUGGGCAGCAAGCGAUGGAAGCAGCGAGACGUGGACCAGUACACGCCCGCCCUCCCGAAACAAGUCCAGGAAGGUGUAUCAGCCAGCGGAGGUGAGAUGUGGGAUCGAACCCAAAAGGAGGCCCACCGGGCCUUGUCCGCGGCUCUCCUCGUCCCGGAUCUCCCUUCCCAAGCGGCUACAGUCCAGGACAGCAUCGGCAAGAUCCUGGGUGAUUUCCCCCUCUACGAGCAGGAGGAGCAGGACAUCGCGGGCGCCGUCUACCAGGAGACGCGGGAGAUCGUCGCGGCCGACCUCAACGACUACUGGUCCCAGCCGCAGCUUGAGGCCAUGCAGAGUGCUCUGCGGACUCUCAUGUCUGGAGCAUGCCCUUCCGAGCCGGGCGCACCGACGAUCGCCGAGGACAAGUUCUCCUACGACGACUUCUUGGAAAAGGAAGACGCCAUUGACUGGGAACGCCUGCGGGCGUCCUUCCAGUCCCCUCACGAGACCAGGACGGAGACAGUUGUCAUUCUGGUUGGGCCCUUGGAAGCUGUGUGGAGCCCAGACAGAGACUUUCUUCGCAACACAGCCGUGAGUACGUUUCCUGAAGCCCUUCUCCCCCAGAGCAUCAGGCGAGCUUGGGACACUAUCACAACAGGUGGUAACGUACAGGUCCUAGGCUGUGAGGAGGAUUCUCCGCGCGACCAGGAGCAGGAGGACCUUCUAGUGCGACAAGUGCUCCGAGGCGAAGCAGGUGACAGCCCCCGACCAAAGAUGGGAGCGGCUCAGCUGCGCGGCGUUCUCCUGCGUGCGCAGCAGCGCAUGGACGCCGAGCACCGCGUCGCCACCAGUACCUGGCGUGCGCCGCUGUCUCUAUUUGACGAGCGCCAGGCUUCGAACGGUGGCAUUCCGGACUGGGCGAUCCGCACCGUGCUCAAGGCGCGCCGCCUUGUAGAGCAAGCAGCGGGGCUUGGCGACCUCACGGAUGUUUACGAGGCGCAAAUACUCACGGCGCAGCGCGAGAAGCGUGGCAUUGCUCGUGCUCCUCUGCUCCGCCAUCUAGAGAACCUGGAUUCAGCGACCGAACAACUCCGGGCGCACCACCCAUAUCUUGAAGCUGCGAAAAGUGCCUUCAACAGCCCCGUGGAGGCAGAGACCACCGAGAGCCUUCCAGGCUUGCCGUCGUCGGCGGCGCAAAGCCCACAUCCAGACAAGGACGAAGCUCCGGUCGUCAUCCUCCAACCGGUCCCAAGGAGGUCCGCAUUCUUCUCGUCGUUGGGGCGGCGUCCCAAAGAGUACUUGAUCAAGUUCCUCGAGGGAGCUGUGGACGUGAUUGGCGCUGCCGGAAGUGCCACAGGGAUGAGCGUUGACCUGGAAGCUCCAGAGCCUCAGCAGGUGGCAAAGCCCAUCAGUAGCGAGGCUCUAGAGAGGCUUGACUCCGUGUUUGGCACUAUCUCGCCGUGGCUCAACGCCCAGGUCGGAGGUGACUUGGCACCCGGCCGGGUUCACGACGAAGUCGACUGGACCUGUGCGCAGGUGGUGUGGGAGCAUUGCCGACGGAAGAGCGACCGGCGUUGGACCCUAGCAUGA